AUUUAAUUCUGUGUGAGAUUGUUGUCAACAAAAUCACGACAUGCAGAUUGCAACAUGCAAACGAAUCGAAACUUCUUGAAAAUAUGUAUAUACCUAUUCUAUUUGUUAGUUUAUUUCUGUCAGUCGUCAGCCAUAAAUGUUCGUGCACGCUGUGCACGUGAGUGAUAUUUUAUUAAAAACACUAAACAUGAAUGAAACAUAUUUAGUAGGAGAAGAAAAUUCCGUUCCAAAAACAACAAUUACUACUGAUAGCAAUGACAGUAAUGUCAAACCAAAAUGCAACACAAGCAUUCUAUUUGCUUGUACAUGCAUAAUAACUGUUGUUAUCAUUGGAGGAUUUAGUUUCUUGUUUGGCCCAUUGAUUCUAAAUAGAACAUAUCCUCUCUAUAGAUUCUCACCAUCACAUAUAACUGUCCAACAUUAUCGUCUCCGUUUAGAACCAAACUUUUCAUUAAACCAGUCCAAUCAAUCUGAUUUUCAUGGACGUGCAUCAAUCAUUCUUCACAGUGCGAGAAGAAUAAAUGAAUUACGUUUAAUAUCUCAUGAUUUACACAUUGAAAAAAUUAAUCUCACAUUGAGGAAUCAAAUCAAUUUAGCUCACGAUCAAUCACUGACUCAUUUACCGUCUUUGAAACAGAAUGAAACUGGACGGAGUUAUCAUAUUGGUAAAGUUACACACAUUCAAAUUGAGAAAAUCUAUGAAAUUUGGUAUUAUAAUCACAAGGAACUUAUAAUACUGCUUAAGAAACCUUUAGAAGUUGGUGAUUAUAUGAUGGACAUCCAUUAUUCAUCACAAUUUCAUCCAUUAGGAUUAGAAAGAACAACUUAUGAAGAAAAACAAAAUGGUGUAAAUAAAACUAAAUAUUUGAUUACUAUGAAUAGUGUCUCAAGAGUGUUACCAUACUUUGACAACAAUCAAAAAAUUAAAUUUGAGUUGUCUGUUAGAAGAAAAACAGAUGCUGCGUGUUUUACGAAUGUUCCUUUCAGGGAAAUUGAACCAAUUAAAUCUGAUGCUGGAUAUCUUUGGGAACACUUUAAGACUACGCCACAAAUACUCCCAUCGACUUUGGCCAUUGUAAUUGCAGAUUAUAAAAGUGUGAAUGUGUCAACAUCAUCGUCAGUCUUACUAAAAUUGUUUGCACCAAAAAAGGACCACGCACAACUGUCUUAUGCUCGUCACAUUUUUCCAAAGAUUUUUGAAUAUUUUGAAAGAUACUUUCAAAUGAAAUAUCCUCUUUCUAAAUUGGAUCUACUUCUUGUGGAUGAUGCAGUGACACCGUUAACUUCUAAACUUGGAUUGAUCACUUUGAACAGUGAAUAUUUACUUAUGGAUAUCAUCGAUGAUCACAUAGAAAAUCGUAGAAAGAUAUUUUAUGCAAUUAGUGAAUCAGUUGCGCUUCAAUUUUUGCAAAUUAAAUUAAAUUACAACGAAAAUAAAGAACUUUUGCAGGCAUUUGCUACAUUUUUAGCAUACAAUGCAGAAUAUAUUUUAAACAAUCAAGUAAGGAAUGAUGUUGAUCAAAUCGAAUCAAACUGGAACCGAGAAGAAUAUUUUAUCGAAAAAUAUCUAGAAAACAGUCUGGAUAAUUACGGCAGUAACAAAGAAUUAAAAAUGGCUUGUGUAUUGAGAAUGAUCAAUUACACGUUGAAUGAAAAUGUUUUUCAAAUGGGAUUGAGUACAUUUUUGCUAAAUUCAAAUGAAGAUUUUUGGGAAUCUGCACAAAAUUUACACUUGAGAGGAAACGCAACGACUAAAGAACUUUUACUAUCGUGGUGGAAUAAUCCUGGUUAUCCAAUUGUUACCAUAACAAGAACAACUGGUUGGAAUGUUCUAAUUGAACAAGAAUCAAUUAUUGCAGAAAAUGUAAAACACGAUUUGUUUACAAUUCCUUUGACUUACCUAUCAAAUCAAAACAAUGUUAGCCUCAAACAAGAAUUUACUUUAAGCAACAGGCAAAUAUUGACAAAUUUGUUUGUUCCACAAGACGAUUGGAUAUUGUUAAAUUAUAACCGCAUUGGAUAUUACCGUGUAAACUACCAUAAGGAAAAUUGGUAUAAACUAAUUAAACAAUUAGAAGAGCAACCGUCUGUCAUACCAGUAAUUAAUCGAGCGGCGUUGAUAAACGACGCUUUUGCGCUCGCUGAUGAAGGCCUACUGCAAUUUGAAGUGGCGUUCGAUUUAAUAAAUUAUUUACGCCGUGGUAAUGAAAGUAAUUACCUGCCGUGGAGGGCUGCAUUAGACGCAAUUAAUCGACACGCAGCUGUGUUUUUAGAUUCUUCACAAUACGGAAUAUUUAGAAAAUUUAAAAUUGAUUUAUUAAGUCAUCUAUGGCCUAUUCGUCUUCGUUUAAAUACUAAGCUUACCCAGAUGAUUGAAACAGAACUCUGUCAAAUGCAAUAUAAACCGUGUAUUCAUUCAGCUUUGGAGUUUUAUGAUACGUAUAAAAAUCGCAGAGAUGUUGUGAUUCCUCAAUGGGUAUAUUGCACGGUUUUAACACACUCACAAGAAGAUGUUUUUGAUUUGUUGUACCAACGAGUGAAACAAUCUGGAAAUUAUAAUGAAAUACGUGUUUUGCUACAAAGUCUGACGUGUACAAAAAUUUCUUGGAAAAUUAAUAGUUUAUUGGAGGAGAGUUUUGAUAAUAUAAAUUAUGCGAAAUAUAUUUGGGCCGCCAUGGCUAAGUCAUCAAUGAGUCGAUUGACGGGAAUAGUAUUUUUGGAGGAAUCACCUAUUGGUGAUGGUAUUAAAUCAGCGAACGAAUCUAUAAGUGGUGAAGGAACCGAAGUAUGGAAAAUUGUAAAUGAUGAAUUUUUGUCUUCGAUGUCUACUACAACAAAUCUAAAUAAGAUUAUUAAGAUAUCUGCAAAUUUGAAUCACGUCCUGCAAAGAAGAUUAAAUAAUACAAUUGUACUAGUGAAUAAGCAAAUUGAAUGGUCAAAACAUUAUUUAUCAAGUUUUGUAGAGGAAUUAUCAAAGGAACGUUAUUAAUGUUUAAUGUUACAAAUGUUAUAUUUAUUAUGUUAUGUUUAUAUUAUAACAUUUUUCAAUAAAUCGCUUUACAAAUUA